UCACACUGGCAGGCAGGCACACCCCCAUGAAAGGAGACCACAGUUACCAAGUGACAACACAAACACAUAAUCUCUAAAGCUGGCUGAAGAACAGCACAGACCUACAGUAAGGAUGUCUCAUCAUCAGUCUGACACACAGAGUCACACAAGGCCAGAUGUCUUGGAAGGUCGUUUGAGGGGUCAGGAUAGGCCGCUAGCUGUGCUGCUAGAACAAGCUCUCAGAAUCAAAGAGGAGGUGACAGCUGGUCUGCAGUCCAGCCAUGGCUCCGUCCAAAUUGAGGCACUGUCCCGCAAGCUGUUGGAGAAUCACAUACUCACCAUUACACGUAUUGUUAAACAACUCAGCAUGGGCAUACAGGGAUUAGAGAAAGAGAUGGCCCAGCGGGACUCUGUCACCUCUGGAGUGGCACACGCUGUUCAAAACAUGGACCAGAAAAACACAGCUGGCGUCGGAGACCUGAGAGGAAGAGUAGCCAGGUGUGAUUCCAGCAUUGCCAAGCUGAGCGCUGACGUGAGCUUCAGAGAGCAGCGGGUGAUCAGACUGCAGAGGGAGGUUCGAGAGCUCAGCGAAGCUGUGAAUGGACAGCUCAAAGAGCUGGAGGACAAGAUUCAUGUUGAGCUUAGAAGACUGGAGGCCUCACUGACAAAGUCUUCUAAGGACCUAAAACACUCGAUGUCUGAUCUGCGUAGACAAGUUAAGCUAUUAGAAGACAAAAUGACAGGAGAGCUUGACGAGGGCAAGGAGCAAACAGCAAAAUUGAGGACCUGGACAGAACAACAGCUCAAGAGCUCUCUCCAGUCACAUGUCAAGGACAACCAGGAGCUGGUUUCACUAUUACAAGACAAAAUGUUAGGGGCGGAGUCUAGAUUGGCUGACCACCUGCUUGCCCUGGAGGCACGUGUGGAGAAGUUUGACAUCCAGCAGAACCAGGCUGACCGCAGUCGGCAUGAUCAGCUGAAACACUCAGAAGACAAACUUAGCAGAAGAAUAACCUUAGUGGAGAACAACCUUCAUCAGGAGCUGCAGCUGCUCAAACAGCAGUACCACAAAGGGUUCCAGUCUGUGCAUGAUGCAAUUGAAUCACUGAGUCAGAUAUGUGACAUCAAAUCUCGCCUUGACAAGGAGAAGCUUGAGAAGGAUAUCAGCCACAUCCGCAGCAAGGUGCUCAAGUAG